AAACGUAUUUUUUAUUGCCUAACAUGUCAGUUUUGUUCAAAUAUUAGUGUACAUAUUUCUUCUUCGCACGUUUUUCGAACACUUUUAUACCCAGCCACGCCCAUAUUUACUUUACUGCAACAACCUAGUUUUAUUAAAUUCACCGCAUAGUUGAAUUGCCUUCGUAAAUCAAAAGACCAAUCCCAAAAUACUGAAAAUGGGCAAGAGAUCGCAGAAGAGCAGUGUGCUGAUGGUGUGUGUGGGCAACCUUUGCCGCUCCCCAAUUGCCGAGGCUGUGAUGCGUGACGUGGUCACGAGGGCGGGACUGCAGGGGGAGUGGCACGUGGAGAGUGCCGGGAUCGAGGAUUGGCACUCCGGCCGUCGACCGGAUGAGCGGGCUCUCAAUGUCCUGGCCAGGCACAAUAUCGACUACCAUGGCAAGGCGAGAGUUCUAGCUCCGGAGGACUUCUUCGAAUUCGACUACAUCUUCGCCAUGGAUCUCAGCAACCUGGCCGCCUUGAGGCGCAUGGCUCCCAAAGGCACCACUGCCAAGUUGCUGAUUUUGGGGAAUUUUGGCCUGAAACCAGAUGAACGCAUCAUUGAGGAUCCCUAUUAUGUGAGUACAUAGGACAUCAGUGAAGCACCAUUUGAACAAAUUUACCGGCAGUGCAGCAUAGCGUGCAAGAAUUUCUUGAAACAAGCGCUUUUAAAACAGAUAAUGUAGAUAAGCCCCCGACACCGCCCAAGGGUUAAGCCAUCCGACCGAAAACAGCUGAUAGCCCGCGUUGCCAACUAACAGUUGAGGCCAGGGCUGCAGGUUGCGGAACGCUCAAUUGCGAGCCG